GACUGCAUCCACGGUCAAAUCACCCUCCCUCCUCUCCUGCUGGCUGUCAUCGACACUCCCCAGUUCCAGAGAUUGCGAAAGUUGAAACAGCUCGGAGCUGCUGAGUUUGUUUUCCCCUCUGCUACUCACACGAGGUUCGAGCACUCUAUUGGCGUCGCUUUCAAAGCAGGGCAGAUCUUGCGAGCGAUUCGGGAUGAUCAGCCUUUGCUCAACAUCGACGACCGAGACAUCCUGUGCGUUCAGUUGGCUGGCCUCUGCCACGACCUCGGACAUGGCCCUUUCUCCCACAAGUUUGAAACUUUUCUGAGGUGA